AUACAUCACAUUUCGGUUACUGGAGCAGAUUGCAGAUUCUGAAAUUAUGACAGUAUUAAAUAUUUCUGUGAAAAUAUACUUUAUUUAAACAUUUAUACAGAAUGCUGUAACAUAACCGUUCGUUAAGAGUGCGCACUUAAGGCUGACGCAUAAACAUUAGCAUAUAUGGAUUUUCGUAGUUAUAAUAAAUGCACGGACUAUUCCAUUCUGUGACAUGGAAAUGUUACUGCGCAUGAACAGUAUUGACUGGAAUCAUAAUCACGGAGAAGAACAAAUAAGAUUGGAGGAAUAAUCAAUAAGUUGACAUUUAGAUUCAGCGUUCUUUGUGAGAGAAUAUUGAACGCCGGAUCACCAUGGUUCACCAUCAUACCGACCUGAUGUCACUAAUGCUACAGGGCUGCGACGAUUAUUGGGCAUGGAACAAAAAGGAUAAAUCACACGAGGUGAAACUAACAGGUACCAGACAACAAACUGCCCAUUUUCAUCCAAAAUGGUCGAACGGCACGGCUGGCGUCCGUGGCACCCGGUGCUUAAACUACGGAACACAUUAUUGGGAGGUUAGAGUUUCACAGAGACUGUUUGGAACAAGCAUGAUGUUCGGGGUCGGUACAAAACACGCUAGGCUUCACGUUGACGCUUUUGUAAAUUUAGUAGGUGAAGAUGAACAAAGUUGGGGUAUUUCACAUAAAGGAACUGCGUGGCACAACGGAAAAGGUCGUAAUUUCACAAAGCCAUUUCACGAAAACGAAGCAACAACCGUCGGGAUAUUGUUCGACUGGUCUAAAGGAACACUGUCGUACUUCAAAGAUGGCGAACCGUUAGGUGUGGCAUUUUCUGGAUUGAACCGUGUUAAUCAAGAACUAUACCCAAUCGUGUGCUCAACGGCUGCUAAAACGGAAAUGACACUUGGUCGACGCCGGCGGAUGUACCAUAACUUACAGGAUCGUUGUCGGGCAGCCAUCGUGUCAAAAUUAAAGGAGGAAAAGCAGAUAGACUCACUUCCAUUACCUAAUAGAAUGAGAACGUUUUUGAAAGACACUCUUCGGUGAUAGAGGAAGAAAGAAGUAAGUGCUCGGACAAAUGUAGCUGUGUUCUAAGGGAAUAUGUGCAAGUGAAAAAUACUGUGCAAUUCUUUUUUUCUUAAAGUAUUACUUGUAAAAUCUUAGUGUUUUAAUUUUAAUUGAGUAUUUUUGUCUAAUUGUUAUCAAAAUGAAAUAAUUCUUUUUCACUUUUUGUACAUUUUUUGUAUACUAAUGUCUUUCAUCGGCGUGACUGAAAGGUAACUCCGGCUUUCAUAAAUUUUUGAUAUUAUAAUGUUUCUAGUUCUUGUUUGACAACUUAUUAA